UUAAUUUGCAAGGAUCCGAUUCAAUAUAUUUUUUUAUGUCCAAUCUAUCUUAUAGAACAAGUUAAUAAGCCAAUAUAUAGCUCAUCAACCAAAACCAAAAUCACUAUCUUCCAAAUAUUUCAUAUAAAAAAAAUACAACCAAAUAUGGCAGAAGUGAAGGUGAUUGGAAAUUUGUAUAGCCCAUUUGUGAGGAGAGUAGAAGUGGCUCUCAAAAUGAAAGGUGUGGAAUAUGAUUAUAUUGAAGAUCUGAGAAACAAAUCAGCUCUCCUUCUACAACACAAUCCAAUUCAUAAAGUGCCAGUUUUGGUACACAAUGGCAAAGCAAUUGUUGAAUCGAUGGUAAUUCUUGAAUACAUCGAUGAGGUGUGGGAGGGUCCAACCAUUCUUCCCAAAGAUCCUUAUGAUAGAGCUAUGGCUCGUUUCUGGGUCAACUUCAUCGAUGACAAGUGCACUCCGGCAAUGUGGAAAGCAUGUUGGAGUAGAGGAGAGGAGCAAGAGAAGUUGAAGGAGGAAGCAAGAGAAGCCCUCAAAUAUCUAGAAAAUGAAAUUAAGGGAAAAAAGUAUUUUGGAGGUGACAAAAUGGGCAUAGUAGAUCAUGCUGCCAAUUUCAUUGGGUAUUGGUUUCCGAUUACUAGCGAUUUUGUGGGACUCCAACUCAUGACAGACAAUGAAUUUCCACAUCUGUGCAGAUGGGCGGAUGAUUACUGUAAUCACAUCUUUGUCAAGGAAAAUGUUCCUGAUAAGGACAGUUACGUUGCCAGAUUGAAGACCAUACAGAUCAACUGUUAAACUAUAAAUUACAUCAUGUCAUGUAAUUUACAUAAUUAAGUUUUUAUGCAUUGCAAUAAUGUACUCCUUAUUUUGUUAAUAAGCAGGGCCGGUCCUGAGAAAAAUGAGGCCCUGAACGAAACUAUAAAAAUAGGCCCUCAAUAUAUUAACGCAUCAAUAUAUUGAAAAAUAAAAGUUUUCAUUACUCAUAAAAAA